AUUGUGAAGUAGAAUUUGCAACUCUUAGCUCUUCUUUGUGGGUGAGCUAAAGAUUUGGAAUUUCUUGCUACAGAAACAUAAAAUAGAAAUGUCUGGAAUUUCUGGUCAUUGGGCUUUUGCUUUUGGUGUCCUUGGUAACAUAGUCUCGUUCAUUGUAUUUCUUUCUCCACUACCUACAUUCUAUAAAAUAUACAAGAAAAAAUCAACAGAUGGGUAUCAAUCAAUUCCAUAUGUGGUUGCUCUAUUUAGCUCUAUGCUUUGGAUUUACUACACAUUUUUGAAGACCAACACAACACUUCUCAUCACUAUAAACUCAUUUGGUGUCUUCAUUGAAACUAUCUACGUUGGUUUCUACCUUUUCUACGCACCAAAAAAAUCCAGGGUCCAAACUAUAAAGAUGCUCUCUUUAUUUGUUGUGGGUGGAUUUGGUGCAAUAGUUUUGGUUACUGAAUUUCUAUUCAAAGGAGCCAUUCGUGGACAAGUUGUUGGAUGGAUUUGCCUUAUUUUCUCCUUAUGUGUAUUUGUUGCACCCUUAGGCAUUGUGAGACAAGUUAUUAAAACAAAGAGUGUGGAAUACAUGCCACUUCUCCUAUCGGUUUUUCUCACAUUAAGUGCUGUGAUGUGGUUCUUCUAUGGUCUUCUACUAAAAGACAUUAACAUUGCUGCUCCAAAUGUAUUGGGAUUUAUUUUUGGUAUACUCCAAAUUGUUUUGUAUAUAAUAUACAGCAAAAAGGAGAAGGCCAUUCUAAAGGAACAGAAACUUCCAGAAAUACAAAAGCCAGCGGUAAUUGUGUCGGAUGACAACACAAAUGUUGCUAAUAAGAAGCUUCCAGAACUUACACAAGAACAAAUUAUUGACAUAGUGAGGCUUGCAGGUUUACUAGCUAAUACAGAUAAAGUACAAGUUGCCACGUGUCCACAUGAUCAUGCUAAUUGUGGAGUUAAGGCAACUCCUAAUAUUGUAGAAAACAUGCCCAAGCUGCAAACUGUGGAAGCCAGCUAAUUAAUUAAGGAGUAGUUAAUUAGUAGAAUUUCAUUUGUGUAUUUGGCAUUAAUUCCUUUGUUUUGGCUUUUCAUAAUAGUACUCAUCCGUUAGUAUUUGUAUGUAAAC